AUGGCAUCGGCAUUGGUCAAUUUUUGGAACUCGAUGUGGGAAUCGCUACUGUCGUCUCUUGGUCUGGGAGGUGGCAAAGAAGGAACCCUGUUAUUGUUGGGACUGGAUAAUGCUGGGAAAACAACACUGCUUCACCGACUACGGACUGGAGAUGUCAAACACUUUCCUCCCACCGACAGACCGUAUCAAUCCGACAAAUUCUCAUUUCAAGGGUUAACCUUUCAGGCAUGGGAUGUGGGAGGGCAUGAAGCUGUGCGUCAUAUUUGGGAAGACUACGUCUGUGAAUGUUCCGCUGUCUUGUUUUUGGUGGACGCUACGGACGCGGAUCGAAUGGAAGAGGCUGGAUUUGAAUUGGAUGCCUUGGUGGGAGAGAAAUUGGUAGAGGACAUUCCCAUUGCCAUAUUAUUCAACAAAUGUGACCUACCAGAGGCCAUUUCCUCCAAAGAUAUUUGUCAAAGAAUGAACUAUGACGAGCUGGUGGAAAAUCACGGAGCUGACAAGAUAUCGGCAUUUCGGAUAUCAGUGUUGCGUGGUGAAGGCUAUCAGCAAGCAUUUCGGUGGGUUGCUUCGUUUCUUUGA